AGCAAAGGAGACAGACGUGGUCGAUAUAUGGAACUCUAAAAUCCUAUCCAUCAACAAAUAUCUGCCCAGAGAAGUAGACAGUACUUUUACUUAUCCAUACUUUGCUUGGACUUAAUAACAACCACAAAGCUAAGAUACAAUAUAAUGUACUGCACACCUCUCCCAGCCAACAAACUGGUAACAAUAAUAAAAGGAAAAGGAAAACAAAAAUACUCCCAAAUUCUUCUUUGAUACCACACAGAACAGGAUCACCAAAAUACUGAUUUGAGAGAGCAAAUUAAAGUUUGAUGGCCCAAACUAUGUUGCUCAGUGCCAGUGCUGGAGCAGCAGCAUUGGACCUCAAGACACAAUCUUGCAGUUUCCUUCAACCCUUCAGAUCAAGGCCUUCAUUUCAUCAGCAUCUUCUUUUGUCUGGACCUCUCACCACCCCCACUCCUUCUUCUGGGAAAGUUUUUAGUCUCUUCAAAUCAAAACCCAAAGCCCCACCAGUUGUCAAGACCAAACCUAAGGUGGAGGAUGGGAUUUUUGGUACGUCUGGAGGGAUUGGAUUCUCCAAGCAAAAUGAGCUUUUUGUUGGUCGCGUGGCUAUGAUCGGUUUUGCGGCAUCAUUGCUGGGGGAAGCAAUAACAGGAAAGGGGAUAUUGGCACAACUGAACCUGGAAACUGGGAUUCCCAUAUAUGAGGCAGAGCCUCUUCUGUUGUUCUUCAUACUCUUCAAUUUGUUGGGAGCCAUUGGAGCUUUGGGAGAUAGGGGCAAGUUUGUGGAUGAUCCUGAACCACCCACAGGACUAGACCGAGCCAUUAUCCCGCCCGGAAAAGGCUUCAGGGCAGCUCUGGGGCUCAGAGAAGGGGGUCCUCUCUUUGGAUUCACAAAGGCAAACGAGUUGUUUGUUGGGAGAUUGGCUCAACUGGGAAUUGCAUUUUCUAUAAUCGGAGAGAUUAUUACCGGGAAAGGGGCACUUGCCCAACUCAACAUCGAGACUGGCGUACCCCUUAACGAAAUCGAGCCGUUGAUCUUGUUUAACGUUGCUUUCUUCUUCUUUGCAGCCAUUAAUCCCGGCACCGGGAAAUUUGUCACUGAUGAAGGAGAAGAAGAUUAGUACUUCUUCUCUUUUUGACAUAAUCUUUUGAAAAUAUAAUGUUAGUUCACAGUGAAGGAAGUACAAUGUGGAUUCCACCCAGCCAUUUAGUUUUAAAACUGCUGACACUUAUCAGUCUCCUCUUCCUCUAUUUUCAGGGAAUUGCUGAAAGAACUUCCACAAACCUCUAAAAUUAUGUUACUUCUUCCUACAAGAAAUAAUCAUUUUCUUUUUCCACGAAUUAUUUCAACUUAAUUAUAAGAAAACCCGACAUAAGGAGAUCAUGAAAGAAGAAUGGACACACAGAAAGUCCACAGAGCUAGAACAUAUGUGCUCCAUCAGAAAACAAACAAGGCUAAUGUUCAUAUGGUAGGCUAAUGUUCAUAAGGAGAUUCUUUAAUGAGACACAACGGUAAAGUGAAAAAAUCAUCUAUCUAAUGUGCCAUUUGUGCGUGUUUUAGUUUGUUAUAUCGAUGCACAUUAUCCAUUAUUUGUGUUAUGCUCAUUUCCAAAGGUUAUAGACUUGUAGUGUUGUACAAUGCACAUUGUCAAAAAUAUAAACAAUUAUUGUAAUAAUAAAAAAUGUAA